UAAGUCAACAGAGAGAAAAAAUCAAUGCAAACUACACUUUCCAUUGGCAACUCUGCAUGCCGGUGACGACUUCUCAAUUCUUCUGAGAAGAAAGAACAUUUCCAUCCUAGAGAAGAAAUGGCAUUUUAAAGGGGGGGGGGAUUCUUUUUGUUAAUUCAGUUUCUCUGGAAGAUUCAUUUCUGAUCCUUUUCCCGCAGAGACUGCAGCUAAGCCACCAGUCCUGAGAUAAAGAAUUCCAGAAGCAGUACAUUUAUCAACCAAUUGUCAUGGACAGGAAAGAGAUAAUUCAGGAGGAACACCAACUUGAAGAAACUGGAGAUGAAUUGUUGACUACACAGCCAGAGUCCUGGAAGAUCCAUUAUGAGAAGUCGUGGCUUCACCAACAUUGCUCAUCAUUGUUACCUUGUGACAAGCAGGCCCGGAAGACUGGGCAGCUCUUCUCUGGACUUCUAGCCAUGAAUGUUGUGUUUCUUGGCAGUGCAUUCAUAUGUAGCAUGAUUUUCAACAAAGUAGCCAUUACAUUGAGAGAUGUCUGGAUUUUCCUAUCCAUCCUCAAGAUCCUAUCCUUGAGCUGGAUAGCAUAUUACUUACUGUUCACUAGAAGGAAACCACAUGCCAUCUUGUAUCAGGAUGCCCAUGCAGGGGCUAUUUGGAUUAGAGGGUCUUUAAUAUUGUUUGGAGUAUGCAGCGUUGCCUUGCACAGUUUCCGAAUUGGGUAUGACAUUAUCUACAUUCAGAGCGAAUCACAAAUGGAAAUCUUGUUCCCAUCCAUACAAAUACUCUUCAUCUGCAUUCAGACUUACUUUAUAUGGUGUCAUGCAAAAGACUGUAUCCAGGUUCAGCACAACCUCACCAGAUAUGGGCUAAUGCUGACCUUGUCCACUAACCUCCUGUUAUGGCUUUUAGCAGUGGCCAAUGAUACAGUUCACAGACAAAUUGAAUCAGAAUUUAACCAGUCUCUACAAAGAUAUAAAGCUAAUUUGACGUUCUCCUGCAAGGACUCAAACAAGACCACCUGCAAGAUCUUCCAAAAAGGAUAUAUUUUGUUAUAUCCCUUCAAUACAGAAUACUGUUUGAUUUGUUGCUCCAUGCUGUAUGUCAUGUGGAAGAACGUGGGCCGGCGCAUAACCCAGAGCCAUACCUCUGGAAUCCAGCCUAGAUUCAAACUCCAUGGCAUCAUCUGGGGGCCUUUGCUUGGUAUCGCUGCAAUAAUUAUCGGUAUUUGCACUUUCAUGAUAUAUCAAAUCCAAGCCACCAGUUCUUUCCCUACCUAUAUGUCAUUCAUACUGUAUUAUUCCUACUACAUUUGUUUAUUGCCUGCAAUGACUGUGGGGGCUUUGGCUGGAACUGUUGUCCAUGCUUUAGAAGAAAGAGAGCUGGAUACUCUGAAAAAUCCAACCAGAAGCCUUGAUGUCAUCCUGCUCAUGGGAACAGCCUUAGGCCAAAUCGCCAUCUCGUAUUUUUCCAUUGUAGCCAUUGUGGUCACCCAUCCAAUAAGCAUGUUGAACAGCAUCAUUCUAGCCUAUUCAAUAAGCCUCAUCAUUCAACACAUUUCCCAGAAUAUCUUCAUCAUUGAGGGCCUCCACAGGCAACCAUUACUGAUGAGUGAGGACUCUCAACUUGCUGCACAUUCCACUCAAGGGCCUCCCUCCUCCCAAGUUCUGCCUAAUGAAGAUAGGGCUCUAUCCCAUCUCUGUGAAGAACCUGUCCCAUCCCCUGCUGGUGAGGAGACAGACAAAAGUGAAAGAGAGAAAUGUGAAAACAGCUCCCCAAACAUGGAUAACUUAGAGACAAGACAGGAAAAACAGAGUGUUUCGUGGACUUACAUCCAGGCCUACAGGCAUCUGAAUUGGAAAAGAAGAGCUCUGAAGGAGAUCUCCAGCUUCCUGAUCAUGUGCAAUAUCAUUCUGUGGAUUAUGCCAUCAUUUGGAGCACAUCCAGUGUUUGAGAAUGGAAUAGAGAAAUCAUUUUAUGGCUAUUCCACCUGGUUUGCCAUUGUCAACUUUGGGCUCCCGUUGGGUGUGUUCUACCGAAUGCAUUCUGUUGGUGAUCUUCUGGAGGUCUAUCGCUCUGCCUGAAGCAAUCUAAAUUUUCUCAUAUUGCUGUUUUUAUUUUGCUACAAAUGUGAUUACAAAGACCACAAAUGAUUUGUGAUAUCAUUUUGAAUAAUUCUUUAAUCAGAAAAAAUACUCUGAUCUUGUCGGUAAGUAGUCCAUUAAUCAUUGAAGGUUCAUUUCUCCUUAAUAGCUCUUAAUAGGAUUGAUUUGUUCUGUACACAUUACUUACAAAAUCUAAUUACAGUGACGCUGAACAAUUAUUAACCUUAAGAAUACAAGUCUAAUGUCACAUUUGAAAGAGAAGUAAACUAUGUCGAGAAUGGCAAUCCCUUGGGUAAAAUGGUCAUUUUUUAUUACUGCAACAAUCCUUGGAUAUGGCUGAAUCAUUGGGAAGAGACUAAGAAACGGAGCACUUUUAAGUUAAGGACAUUUCUAUCAAUGUCUUUUGAAAUGGCAUGAAAAUAUCCCAGGUGUGGCACCUAUUUACAUCUAUGAUCAAAGCACAAAGAUUGUGUCAUUCAUAUGUAUGUGAUAAUACAAAGCCAUUCUAGAUAUGUUUGUGACAACUGGCCUUAUAUUUUGCAUCAGCGGAGGCAAUAAAUGUAAUAUUUAGGAAGACUGAAACAUAACUUUGAUAUCAAGCAGAUAAUAAGAAAACAUCUCAAGUGGAUUUCUGAUAUACCUUGGGAGAAUUCAAAUUUUAUAACUUGGAUCUAUAGCAAUUUUUUUUUAUUAAAUGAUAAAAAGUGUGAAAAGAGCAAGGCUCUCUCCUUACAAAUCGACAAGCAACUUUGUUUAGGAUUCCAUACCACGCCAAUAGUCCCAUUUACACUUGGAUAGUCUUGCCCUGCACUAGACAGCCUUACUCAGAUGAUCCCCACACCAUGAUGAAAUGAUUGCUUCUUCCAAGGCUAUGUUGUUAGACCAGGAUCAUACAAAUUUUGAGUUAAGCCAGGUCAGGAAUAAUCCUGUUUUCAUUUUUUUAUCUUGCACACCAAAUAUAUAAAUAAUUAAAACCGAAGCAGGAAUAAAUAUAUUAAAGCAGAGUAAAAUAUCAGGUUCAGGAUCUGAUCAGAAAUACUAAUUUAAUUAUUGAAAUAUGCAGAAGCAGAACUGUGGAGAAACUUCCAACCUCUUAAAAAUGAUAAUUAGCUAAACUUUCCAGCUAAACUUUACUACAUGUGCUCCAAUUCAGGGGUCCCCAACCCCCGAUCCAUGGACCGGCACUGGUCUGCAGCAUGCCAGCAACCGGUCCACACAAACAAGCGAAGCCCCAUCCAUGGCAUGCAGGCAGCAUGCAAAACCACACCCCCUCCAGUCCAUGGAAAAACCUUUCUCCAUGGAACCGGUCCCUGGUGCCCAAAAGCUUCAGGGCCACUACUCUUAAUUGUUUGCUCAGAGUUCAGGAUACAAAAAAACAGACUGCAUUGAAAAACCGCCUCUAGGUUAUUGUAGAUGUUUGAUUAUAUAAGGGAUUAAAACUGAUCCAAGCUUUGCAAUCAAUCUACCUUUUAGUAAUAACUAAACCUUUCUCUUUGAUAAGAGGUAGCAGGUGGAAGUGUAAACAUUUCUUAUUUUAUUGCUCUCCUGUAAAAUAAAUCAUUUCAAAGUUACUAAGAUAGAGUCCAGGGCUUGGCUUUCUCACAUCUCUUACUUUAGAAAAGUAAGCCAAAAUAGGCUGCAGGAAGUUUAUUCAGCUCCAUUCAGAAAACCUCUGCUCCAAAGAGUCAGCUGGCCCAAACACCAAAGAACAAACGUUGUUAAGGGUUGGAAUUUUGCAUUUUGGCUAGUUUUGUUCUGUUUUGUAUCAAUUAAAGUUGCCAGAGGAAAUAAGAAUCGAGUAAGUUAGCAUUCUUAAAAAGUUGUCCCAUUCUUCCCAGGUCGAAACCCAAGGUCCUAUCCAAGGAACUUACUGAAAGUUGGUGGGUUUUGAGGAAAAAGCAGAGAAAAGUUAGUGCUCUGGCAAUAAAGACCAGUGCAGUUUGAAGCAGAUACGCGAGCCAAGAAACUUACUGAAAGUUGGUGGUUUUGAGGAAAAGCAGAGAAAAGUUAGUGCUCUGGCAAUAAAGACCGGUGCAGUUUGAAGCAGAUACGCGAGCCGUGGCUCUUAGACCAACUGGUUACCCAGAAUCUAAAUAUUUCUUUCAAAUUCUGAAAAAAGAAGUCUCACAUUCCUCACUCACAACAACUGGCAAAUUCACGUCAAUUUCCUUAAAUUUCAUGUUGCUUUGAAGGUACAUUUAUUUUGUACAUUUUAAUUCCACAAACUCUUCUAGAAUCUGGGGUACAGGCCACCUGUCCCCUUCUUCUCAUUAGCAAAUGUGCUAGUGUAACAUGAACAAUAAAAUAUUGAUCCAAGAGCUCCUCUGCAGCCGUGCCUUUAAUGGAAAGGUACAUGUUGCAAAGAAUGCCACAGCAUCAUAAAUCAAACAGUAACACAAAUAAGCUAAUAAACCUCUUGUGAUAUAGAUAAAGCCAGCUAAAGCAUUUAAGAUAAUUUUAUCUUCAUAUGUAAAGUAAAUAGUUUAUAGUGCAAUUUUGAUUCUUCAGGGAACAAAGAGCAGAGAUGCAAUUCUAAAGAAAGAAAAAGUCAAGAUAAAUUCACAAAAAAAAA